UGUGUUUGAUAGGUUUGUAUUUGUUUUCUUUAUUAUUGUCAUGCAGACUAAAUAAUAUAAAAUCCCAUGACUGACAUUUUCGUAAUCCCUUAUAUUUUUCCUCCUACCUCUUUUCCAUCCUCCUAUAUUCAACCUCUGCCGCGGACAUUUUUACCACAGUUUAUCCCACAUACUUCUCCCAUGAUGUCUCCUUCUAACCCUGCUGUGGAUUCUUUUUCUCAUAUUAAAUGUGCAUUGUUCUUUCUGAACUCAUGUUCCCAUUUGCACCAGAUAAACUGUCUUUUCACUCUCACCUGCCACUGCCUCAUGCUGUCUCUCUUGUCUCUCCCUCCCCUGGCACUCCUGUCUUUCCCCCAGACUCCCUGCAGCAUGUCCUGGGGGAGCAUGGACUGGUGAGGCCGAUCAGUGUGGACGCAGAGGGCCGCUUCCUGUCACACGCCGUCUCGGCUAGCCACAUGGCAGGAGGGCAGUCCCGUAGGCGCCGGAGGAGGGAGGUAGGAGUAGGCAAUGAUGAGUGGGAAGGACCAAAAGGAGAGCCUUUGGCCAUUCGGCAAAGGCUUUACUACAACGUCACCAUCUUCGGCCGGGAAUUCCACCUGCGUCUGCACCGCAAUGCCAGACUGGUGGCCCCCGGAGCCAAGAUGGAGUGGCACGAUGACAGCGACAGCACCCGGCACUCUGAGCCACUGCACGAUGAAUGCUUGUAUGUGGGGGACAUCAAAGACACACCAGGAGCCUCUGUGGCUAUCAGCAACUGUGACGGCCUGGCUGGAAUGAUCAGGAUGGAGCAGGAGGAGUUUUUUAUCGAGCCGGUGGAGAGGGGUGACGGAGUGAGAGAAGAGGAAGAGGAAGAAGGAGGAGGAGGGCGGACGCACGUCGUCUAUCGCUCCUCCGCCGUAAAGAAAGCGCCCAUCAGCCCGACGGCGAGAGACUACCCCUCAAGAGGUGCGGACCUCGGCAGUCUGAUGGACCUGGAGUCUCUGUACCGCGGUGUGGAGCAGAGUAUCAACCACACGCGAGCGGGGCGAAUGCGCAGGCAGAGCCUGGACAGGGCCUACAACAUCGAGGUGCUGCUGGGCGUCGACGACUCGGUGGUCCAGUUUCACGGGAAGGAGCACGUCCAGAAGUACCUGCUCACACUCAUGAACAUUGUGAAUGAGAUCUACCAUGACCAGUCUUUGGGAGCAAAGAUCAAUGUGGUGCUGGUGAGGAUUAUCAUGCUGGGCCACGGCAAGUCCAUGAGUCUGAUUGAACUGGGGAACCCAUCUCAGAGUCUGGAGAACGUGUGUCGCUGGGCCUUCCUGCAGCAGAAGCAGGACACGGGGGACGCUGAGUAUCACGAUCACGCCAUCUUCCUCACACGCCAAGAAUUUGGCCCCACGGGCAUGCAGGGUUACGCUCCAGUGACGGGCAUGUGCCAUCCGGUAAGGAGCUGCACUUUGAACCAUGAGGACGGCUUCUCCUCUGCCUUUGUGGUGGCACACGAGACCGGACACGUGUUGGGGAUGGAACACGACGGCCAGGGGAACCGCUGUGGAGACGAGGUGCACAUGGGCAGCAUCAUGGCUCCGCUGGUGCAAGCUGCUUUCCACCGUUUUCACUGGUCCAGAUGUAGCAUGCAAGAGCUGGGCCGCUACCUUCAUUCCUAUGACUGUCUCCGUGACGACCCCUUUGACCACAACUGGCCGUCUCUGCCUCAGCUUCCUGGUUUGCACUACUCCAUGAAUGAACAGUGUCGCUUUGACUUUGGCGUGGGCUACACGAUGUGCACCGCGUAUCGCACGUUUGACCCGUGUAAGCAGCUGUGGUGUAGCCACCCAGACAACCCCUUCUUCUGCAAGACCAAGAAAGGGCCGCCCAUUGAUGGCACCAUGUGCGGGAAUGGGAAGCACUGCUUUAAAGGCCACUGCAUCUGGUUGACACCUGACAUCAUAAAGCAAGAUGGAAACUGGGGAACGUGGAGUGAGUUUGGCCAGUGCUCCCACACCUGCGGUGGAGGAGUACACUUUCGCACACGUGACUGUGACAAUCCUAGACCAGCCAACGGGGGCCGUACCUGCAUGGGGGCGACUCACCAGUUUCAGAUGUGCAACACCAACGAGUGCGAGGAUAUCUACAGUGACCCGCGAGAGGAGCAAUGCCACGCAUGGGACCCCCGCUUCGAAAUCCACAGCAACAAGCACCACUGGCUGCCUUAUGAACACACAGACCCUAACAAACGCUGCCACCUGCAUUGCCAAUCCAAGGAGUCCCGAGACGUGGUCUUCAUGCAGAGAGUGGUCCUGGACGGCACGCGCUGCUCAUACAAGGACCCGCACAGUGUGUGCGUGCGUGGGGAGUGUGAGAAAGUGGGCUGUGACGGUGUGGUUGGCUCCUCAAAGCAGGAGGACAAGUGUGGCGUGUGUGAAGGAGACAACUCCAGCUGCAAAACCUUCAAAGACACCAUCACGCGUAAUGCCAAGAAACAAGGUUUCCUCAAAGUUCUCGAAAUUCCCAGAGGUGCGAGACACUUAUUGAUCCAAGAGCUGAAAGCGACCUCACAUAUUUUAGCUGUAAAGAAUGUGGCAUCAGGACUGUUCUUCUUGAACGGGGAAAACGAUUACCCAGAAACCCACGCGGUGAUAGAAACGGGCGUGGAGUGGGAAUAUGAGAAUGACAACGACAAGGAGACACUUCAGACCACUGGCCCUCUAAGACAUGGAAUUCUGAUCAUGAUGAAAUUGCAUGGAGAUGAGGAUGUGAAUUUGUCUUAUAAAUACAUGAUGAACAUGGACAGUGACUCUGCCAUUCAGAACAACAUGCUGGUAGAGGACAGUGCCUAUGAGUGGGCUCCAAAGAGAUGGUCCUACUGCUCCAAGGCCUGCGGCGGAGGGAAGCAGUAUCUGCGAUACGGAUGCAGAAGAAAAGUUCUCAGUAAGAUGGUCCACAAGAGCUUCUGUAACAAAUCCAACAUGAAACCUAGAGGAGACACCAGAGACUGCAACCAGAAGCCCUGCCCCCCACCCAUUUGGGUGACAGGGGAGUGGCAGAACUGCAGCAAAGCAUGUGGAAAGACAGGAAUGCAAAUCCGCUCGGUCAGCUGUGUCCAGCCGUCAGAUGACAACACCACCCGCUCCAUCCACAAUAAACACUGCAAUGACGACCGGCCAGAGACUCGCAGGCCCUGCAACCGACAUCCCUGCCCGACCCAGUGGAGAGUUGGACCGUGGUCGCAGUGCUCAGUGUCAUGUGGUAACGGGACCCAGCAGAGGCAGGCUUUGUGCCACACCAGGGACAACACCAUCGGCCUGUGUCUGGACAGUAAGCCCGACACCAUCAGAGUCUGUCGCAUGGAUCCAUGUGCCAAGCGCUCGUCAGACCUCAACAAGAACGGCAACAUCCUGAUCCAGUGGCUGUCUCGCCCCAACACCAACUACCCGAAGAUCUCCUCACGCCGGCGUUGUCAUGGAGACCGCUCUGUGUUCUGUCGUAUGGAGGUGCUGAAACGCUACUGUCCUCUACCGGAGUACCAGCGCAUGUGCUGCAAGAGCUGCAGCAAUAUCACCAUUGCAGAGCCUCCGCCCAACUCCACAUCUACAUCCAUCCUGCCCAGUGCUUCUACACCCACCAUCAGCUCAGGCUUCAACACCAUCCGACCCACCAGAGCUGUCAUCACCACCAUUUCAGCUUCCAACAUCAAUCCCUGGACUACCACUCAUCCUCCUACUUCAAUCACUGCUUUACCUCAUUCCACCGCAUCCCAACGAAGUACGACACAAAUGAUCACCACUCAUCCUCCAGCAGCCACCAGUGCUCCUGUCCUCCUUACUACAUUGUCCAUGGCAUCGACCUCUGUUAUCGCAACUUCUCCCAGUGUUACUGGUCAUCCCCUACCUCUGCCUGUCCCAGACAUAGACGUGAACACAGACCCACAAUUACAGAGCACUACAAAUAGUCCAGCAACAUUUGUUAUAACUGCCACACAGCUUCCAGCAUCAGCCAUUCCAACAGAAACAAAUCCAACAGAAAGCACGACAAAAACAGAUGCUACACAAAAAUCAAAGCCCAAAAGGAUUCCGCCAAAGGUUAAUCCAAAAAAGAAUACUGCACUAAAAAAUACGACAAGAAAAUAUGUUCCACCAAAGAUCAAUCCCAAAAAGAAAACAGGUGAUAUUUCAAAAAAGAAAACCCCAUUGAACAGCAAUCCCCCCCAAAAUAGACCAGACAAAACAACUCCCAAAAAUACAACUCCACCUAACACAACUCCCAAAAAUUCUAUUGCACCAAACAAUACUUCGCCAAAUACUACUCAACCAAACACUACUCCUAAAAAGAUUCCCCGUGUAAAGACGUCUCUCAAAAAGACUCCUCCAGUAAAGAAGACGAUACACAAACCCACGCUUAAAAAGGAGGCUCUUCCAAAAGCCAAUUCCAAAAAGAAAAUUCAGCCAAAGAAAAAACAAACAAAGACAAAGCCUCAAAAGACCCCAGAACUAGGUCCCAAAAAUGCCACACUCUUUCAGACCAAGGUUAAACAGAAUAAGACUAAGAGUAACCCGAAAAAGACAACACCUAAAACAAUGCCUUCAUAUGAUACCACAGCCCCCACUCCAUAUAUAACUCCAAAACAACUGAUGGAGUACUUCUCUUCCACGAUGUCAUCCAGCACCAGUGAAUAUGCAACAGCUGGAGGCAUAGCUUUGCCUGAGUCCAGAAUCAAUGCUCCUUACACCAAUAGCAAUACAGCCACUGUAGAUGAAACUCCCCUGUGGUAUAAGGAUACUUCAACAACAACAACACCCAGCACUGUUGGUGACUUCAUCAGACAGAACGGAACCACUCAUUUUGAAGAAGUCAACAUGCCAAGUGGAACCAUGCCAUAUCGUGAUGUCACAAUGACCAGCAGUGGUGAUGUUACAGUAACCAGCGGAACCAUUCUCAGUGAUGAUGUCAUCCCAGUGUUCUACAGCGACGUGGGAGUGGUCAGUGACACCAUGGUGCUGGACGACGGCCACACCAUGGUGAUCCCAACUAUCAAUAGUGAAGAUAUGACGGACCUCGCUUCCUCGCCUUGGCUGGACCUGUCUGAGUAUAUCCCUGUGACCAUUCCUGUUCUCACAACAACCUCGGACCCUGCCACAGCCUCGCCUCCUACCACCAUUACCCCAACAACCGAUAAACCAGCUAUCACAGCCAUCACCAGACCUCAGCGGAGACCAGAGGAGAACAGGGAGAACAACUCCAUCGAUGUGAUAUACAACAGGAUCACUGGCGUAGACAACGACAUCUCCCAGAACAAUCUGAUCCCAAAGCGUCGAGUCAACCUCCGAGAGAGAACCAAGAACAAACGCAUCCAGGAGCUUCUGGAGGAGAAGAGGAACUUUCUCCUCCGGAUGAAGAGAGGCCAUGCAGCAUGAUAGACCAAGCCUUCUCAUUUCUCUUAUAGAGAUGAACAUUUUCUUUGCAGACUUUUUAAACCCUCUGAACUACCAUGACGCUUUCUAGACCCGUCCACAGAAAAGAAAACGCUGUCAUAUCACGAUCAGGACUGUGAGAAUAGUGUCGUCAAAUGUUUGAACAGUCACUUUGAAAAAGAAAAAGCCCUUUAGAGGACAGAUUUAAGCAGAUUUGAAGCAAAUCUCCACGUCUGUGUUAAUACAACAAUGAGAAACAGAGGGGAUGGAAAUUGUAUAUCCAGUUUGGACAGCACUACAAACCUUCAUCCCUCCAAACCACACACAGGGACAGAUUCAUCAAUGAUGUAUAGAUACAAUGUUGUUUGUAAAAUGGUAUUAUCCCUAUUGGUGCUUAUGGAGCAACACAAUCUACCACCCAGAAAUCUCCAUCUCCAUAUGAAAUUACAGCCCGGGACUGCAGCUCUUUUCCCCACCAACAGAUAUAUCUCACUCCUAUUGGUAAGUCCAAUUUUCCUUUUGGUUUAAUUUGAAUUGUGCAAAGUUUACACGACUUUGACUGUUGCCUUUUCCAAAGUGAACACCAAUCUGAUUACGUGGGCUUUCUUAUCUCUCUGGAAGUUAAGCUGCAGCACAUUGAGAGACAUUGCCAAACAUGUGGUGCUUCCUAAAUGUUGAUGAUAUAUUUUAAUAUCUCACUAAGCUAGGUGGAAAAAACAAAAUAAGUGAAGAUUUCUUUUUAAACAUUGAUUGCAUCCCUUGUGCAUUUAUUUAUGUCAAAAACAAGCCUGUUUGUAUUAACUGUGUCCAAAAAGAAGCUUUGGGCCAGUUUGUUUUGUUUGUAAUUUUUUAUUAUUAUUGGUACAUCUCAACCUUGCAGCAGCUGCAAAAGCAUCCAUGGAUCUUUCUGUACAAUAUCUGUACAUAUGAAAAAGAACUUAAUGUUUAAUAUUUAUUAAAGUUUAAGUGCCUGUGGUAUUUUGCAAACUGUCA